AUGGCUUAAUAUCGAACAAUACACUAUUAGCACAAAAUUUAUCGAUACAAAAUGGCAGUUUUAUCGCAGAAACACCAAAUGAUGGCAGCCAGCCGCUUGCCGAAGUUAUUGUGAUGACAGUCACUUCUGUCGUAUUAGGUCUUAUGAUAUUGAUCACUGUUAUUGGAAAUGUGUUUGUUAUAGCAGCUAUUAUUCUAGAACGAAAUCUGCAGAAUGUGGCAAAUUAUCUAGUGGCCUCGUUAGCGGUGGCAGAUCUUAUGGUUGCAUGUUUAGUAAUGCCUCUUGGUGCUGUUUAUGAGAUAAGUAAAGGCUGGAUCCUGGGUCCUGAAUUAUGUGAUAUGUGGACGUCGAGCGAUGUGUUGUGUUGUACGGCGUCAAUUCUCCACCUCGUAGCGAUAGCAGUUGACAGAUAUUGGGCUGUUACUAACGUAGACUACAUCCAUAACAGAACUGGUAAUAGAAUAUUCAUUAUGAUCUUCAUUGUCUGGACUGUAGCCGUAAUAGUAUCGUUAGCACCACAAUUCGGUUGGAAAGACCCAGACUAUUUAGAUAGAAUAAACUUGCAGCAACGCUGCCUAGUGAGCCAAGACGUUGGAUACCAAAUUUUUGCCACAUGCUCCACGUUCUACGUUCCACUUUUUGUUAUUCUUGUUUUAUAUUGGAAGAUAUUUCAAACAGCUCGCAAAAGAAUCAGGCGUCGUACAAAAGUCGAAGCACCAUCCACACAAAGCAACAACAAUAAAUCGGCAUUUGGAACGAAAAGUUCUUCUGUGAUGAAGGAGGAGCAGACAGCUUUCACAAUCGAUAAACCAGACAAUAUCAACGAAUCGCCUGAGAAAACGUCGACUAAUGAUGGAUCGGCCAGUCACGUCAGCGAAGGAAGUCAUGCUAGCCACGUCGAAGCAAGCAGGGAUACGCAGAUUAGUCAUGUUGAAAAGCCGCUCAAGAAAAAAGAAUCCAUCGAGGCGAAGCGCGAGCGAAAGGCGGCUAAAACGUUAGCAAUAAUAACCGGAGCGUUUGUCAUUUGCUGGCUUCCAUUUUUUAUUAUGGCGUUGCUGAUGCCACUCUGCGAAAGUUGUUCGAUAAACGAUUAUGUUGCUAGUUUCUUUUUAUGGUUAGGUUAUUUCAAUUCAACUCUAAAUCCUGUUAUUUAUACUAUAUUCAGUCCUGAAUUUAGACAGGCGUUCAAAAGAAUAUUAUUUGGGGGCCACAGAAACUAUUACAGAACGGGUAGAUUGUAGUGUAAAGUGUUCAAAAAGUAUGAAAUAAUUGUACGAAUAUUAAUAAUUACUAAAUAAUAUUUAUAUAUGUAAUACAAUACUAUAUCUAUCUAAUUGUUGUUGAUGAAUGAAAACUUCUAGGUUUUAUAUACUUCCAGGCCAAACAUAAUAAUAAUAAUGCUAAUUUUGUUAUAAGCCGCUAAUAUAUCUUUUGCUAAAUAUUGUAAGUAGUAUAAUCACAUUCCAUAAUGUUGAAAGAUAUGAUUAAAUAUCAUUAUUGUUUGAAAGAAACAAUAAUAUUUAAAAGAAAUUAUUUACGAGUAACUAAAGCAUUGCUUUCUGAUGCCGCCUGAGCCCCGUGAGCACCAAAGUUUAGCGAUGCUGAAGUUAAUGUCCAAGGAGUACCUACUAAUUCAGAUAUUUGUAUAUAAGCACUAAUGUUUUUGUUGACUAUUUUUAAACUGCCAUUAAAGUCUUUAAUUC